AUGGAAAUGAUUCCUUCAGCUGUUGGUGGUGGAAAAAUAUCCGAAAUAAAUUCAUAUUUAGAUGAUGAUGUUCAUUUCUUUACAAAAGGCGAACCUAAUUUAUGGGUAAAAGCUGAUCUAAAGGGUUAUAAAUUAAAACCAAAAUCAUAUAUUCUACAAUCAACAUGUGAAGGUGAUUAUCAUUUAUUGAGAAGCUGGAAGCUAGAAGGUAUCAAAGAAGAUGGAACAUCCAUUGUAUUAGAUAAUCAAAACUAUGAAUUUAAACAAAGCGAAAUCAAAGAAUUUCCACUUCAAACUAAUGAUUAUUUUGUUGCUUUCAAAAUAACACAAACAGGAAAGAAUUCAAGUGAUCAAGACUAUUUCCGUAUUUCUGUUUUUGACUUCAAAGGAAAAUUAAUAAAAAUUUAA